AUGGUCGCGCCGGGCGCCGCUCUGAGUGACCUUUCACCCGAGCCCAGCGGCCCCGGGCGGCGGCACAAGGCGGAAGCCAUGGCGGAGGCGGCGGCUGCGGCGGGCGGGACGGCCGCGGGCGCGGGCGCGGGCUCCGGGUCCGCAGCGGACCGGGACCGGGAUCCGGAGCGGGACCGCGCCGGGCGGAGGCUGCGGGUUCUUUCAGGCCAUCUGCUGGGCCGGCCUCAGGAAGCUCUGAGUACCAAUGAUUGCAGAGCGCGGAGAACCGCGGCGACCGCCACGGCGGCGCCCACUGCCACUCCCGCCGCGCAGGAGUCGGGCACCAUCCCCAAGAAGCGGCAAGAAGUUAUGAAAUGGAAUGGAUGGGGAUAUAAUGAUUCCAAGUUCAUCUUCAAUAAGAAAGGACAAAUUGAGUUGACUGGGAAAAGGUACCCUCUGAGUGGCAUGUCAUUGCCAACUUUUAGAGAGUGGAUCCAGAAUACCCUUGGAGUAAAUGUGGAGCAUAAAACUACCUCUAAAGCAUCCUUAAAUCCUAGUGAUACACCUCCUUCUAUUGUAAGUGAAGAUUUUCUUCAUGACCUUAAAGAAACCAAUAUUUCAUAUUCACAAGAAGCAGAUGAUCGAGUAUUUAGAGCUCAUGGUCAUUGUCUUCAUGAGAUAUUUUUGCUCAGGGAAGGAAUGUUUCAGAGAAUUCCUGACAUAGUUUUAUGGCCAACAUGUCAUGAUGAUGUAGUUAAGAUUGUGAAUCUAGCGUGCAAAUAUAACCUUUGUAUCAUACCAAUUGGUGGAGGAACAAGUGUUUCAUAUGGCCUGAUGUGUCCUGCAGAUGAGACAAGAACAAUUAUUUCUUUAGACACUUCACAAAUGAAUCGUAUCCUCUGGGUUGAUGAAAACAAUCUGACAGCUCAUGUAGAGGCUGGCAUAACAGGACAAGAAUUGGAAAGACAGCUUAAAGAAAGUGGUUAUUGUACAGGUCAUGAACCAGAUUCCCUGGAAUUCAGCACUGUGGGAGGAUGGGUAUCUACUCGAGCAUCAGGCAUGAAGAAGAAUAUUUAUGGCAAUAUUGAGGACUUGGUGGUUCAUAUAAAAAUGGUAACACCUAGAGGUAUAAUAGAAAAAAGCUGUCAAGGACCUCGAAUGUCAACAGGCCCUGAUAUCCAUCACUUCAUCAUGGGAUCUGAAGGAACUCUUGGUGUGAUAACAGAAGCUACAAUAAAAAUCAGACCAAUUCCUGAAUACCAAAAGUAUGGCUCAGUAGCUUUCCCUAAUUUUGAACAAGGAGUAGCCUGUUUAAGAGAAGUUGCAAAACAGAGAUGUGCUCCUGCAUCUAUUCGCCUGAUGGACAACCAGCAGUUUCAGUUUGGUCAUGCGCUUAAACCUCAGGUUUCCUCUAUUUUUACAUCAUUUUUGGAUGGAUUAAAAAAGUUUUAUAUUACAAAGUUUAAAGGAUUUGAUCCAAAUCAGCUAAGUGUCGCUACAUUGCUGUUUGAGGGGGAUCGUGAGAAGGUUCUUCAGCAUGAAAAACAAGUGUAUGACAUCGCUGCAAAAUUUGGGGGAUUGGCAGCUGGGGAAGAUAAUGGACAGAGAGGUUAUUUGUUGACCUAUGUCAUUGCAUACAUUCGAGAUUUGGGUUUGGAAUACUAUGUAUUAGGAGAAUCUUUUGAGACUUCUGCUCCUUGGGACAGGGUUGUAGAUCUCUGUAGAAAUGUAAAAGAAAGAAUAACAAGAGAAUGCAAAGAGAAAGGUGUUCAGUUUGCUCCUCUUUCUACAUGCAGGGUGACACAGACUUAUGAUGCAGGUGCAUGUAUCUAUUUCUACUUUGCCUUUAACUACAGGGGAAUCAGUGACCCACUGACUGUGUUUGAACAAACCGAGGCAGCUGCUAGAGAAGAAAUCCUCGCUAAUGGAGGGAGCCUGUCACAUCACCAUGGAGUGGGCAAGUUACGGAAGCAGUGGCUAAAGGAAAGUAUCUCUGAUGUCGGCUUUGGGAUGCUGAAGUCUGUCAAGGAAUAUGUGGACCCCAAUAACAUCUUUGGAAACAGAAACCUUUUAUAAAUCCAUUACUAUUGCUAAGAAAAA